GUGCGAUUGCUGUUUGACCUAAAGGGGAUAGGAACAUAGGAACAGAGUAACACACGAGCAACGAUUCAAGAAAACGAAAGUGUCAUCUAAGUCAUUUUUAUUUUUGUCAACAUGUCAACGUCUGAGGCACGAUGUCUGAGGUUAUGUAAGUAAUAAUUAACGUCAAUUCUCCAAUUUCACAAUUUUGCCAAAUUCGAUCAGAUUUCUCGAUUAGUUGAGAUAAAAGUCCAAAGUGUGAGUGUGUUGUGAAGCCAUUAGAUGCCAACUUUCUUCAUAUCAAUAAUUAUUAUAAAUAAUGCAGAUUCCAUUGAUGAAAAAAUGGAAGGAAAUAUAGAUUUCAGAAACAUCUAAUUAAUUCAUUAUGAAUGCAUAACAUCAGCUUACCAUAGCAGAAUUCAAAGUGAGAAGACCCAAAACCAUGGUAUACAAUAUUGACUGGAUUAUACCAAAACUGAGAAAACCUACAAUAUUAUGGAAACUCGCUAGUUCAUUCACAGUAGCAGCAGUGGGACUCUUUAGUAAAAUCUUAAUACAUUUGUUGAACAGAAGUAAAAUUCAUAAUGUAAGUGUUAUAACACAGUUGCUGGAAAAUAGGCCUAAACAUGUUCCUUUAUUGACAGUCUCCAAUCAUCACUCAUGUUUUGAUGACCCUGGAAUAUGGGGCACUUUGAAAUUGAAGCACGUCAUGAAUUCGCGGGUGAUGAGAUGGUCGUUAGCUGCCCAUGACAUUUGUUACACCUGCGCACUCCACGCCAAGUUCUUCAGUUUGGGUAAAUGCAUUCCAGUUGUGAGAGGGGCAGGUGUGUAUCAAGAUGCUGUCGAUUUUUGCAUAGAACAACUGGCCAAAGGUGGAUGGGUUCAUAUUUUUCCUGAAGGUAAAGUAAAUAUGACCAAAGAAGAUAUGAGACUGAAAUGGGGAGUAGGAAGAAUGGUAUACGAAGCACCUGUAACUCCCAUCAUUGUACCCAUAUGGCACAUAGGCAUGGAUGACGUCCUACCCAACACACCGCCCUAUGUGCUCAAGUUUGGGAAAAGUCUCACGUUCAACUACGGGCCGCCCCUGGACCUGUCUGAUAUGGUGAAGAACUUGAGGUCAGCGAAAACAACAGAGGAACAAGCUAGGAAACAAAUUACAGACUUCCUGCAAGAUACUCUUUUAAAAUUGAAAGAUCAAACGGAGGCAUUACAUAGGAAACAUUUUAAACACACUGUGAAGGAUGCUCAGAGUCUAAGCAUAUUCUGAGCCGAUUACGGGAAAAUCAAAAUAAAAGUGCUCAAAAAAACAAAUGGACCACACACAUUUUUUGGUUGAGAUGCGAUAACUUCUUUGGAAAUUGGCCGAUUUUCCUUCGGAAUGCAAUGUUCUGUUCGAGAAUCAUUGUUCAAUUUUAUCAAAGUUUUCCAGUACUGACGUACCAAAAACUGGUAGUGUUACAUAAUCCAAAAAGUUUAGGAGCUUCCAUAUUCCCCAGGAUUUUUUUCAUUCUUCUGCAGACCAUCUUCUUCAAUUCUUCAAGUCAAUAUUUCAAAAUGAUGUGAAAUAUAGAUGUUUUACAAUAUUGUUGUUUUAUGCAUUUCUGCGGAUUCACAAAAGUUCAGGCGAUAUUCAAAUCAUAUUUUCGACAACAACGAAAUAAGCGUCUUUCGAAUAAUGCAUGAGGUUUUAUGAAAUCGUCUGUUCAUAUUGAUGCUGCUACAAUUAUAACAAAGAUUUUUAUAAAAAUAAUUGUACGUUUAUUUUCAAUUUCAAUGCCAUGUAUCACGGAAACUAAGCUUCUAACGACAAAUAUUUAUAUGAACUUUUAUUCUUAAAAUAAGAUUUUUCUAUCGAUUGUCCGAGUUCUGCUGCUAUGAAGCUGAUCACUCUGUAUAUCAAGCUAGAAAUGUUUAUUCCUCUUGAAUUUCAUUAUUUAUGUAUUCAAAAGUAUUUCCUAUUUAGCUGACAAUGCUCAAAGAAGAGACGCUCAAUGUAAAUAGACAAAAAAUAUUAUAACCUAAAUUUCAAAGAACAAAAUAGUUAUUUAUUAUACAAGGGAAAAAAGUAGUAGAUUUUAGCUCCAGGUUGUGUUGUCUCCCUCCACUACGCAUCGGGAGACAAAAAUCCAUGAGAUACAAUCUAAUAUUUUUCGCGUGUAUGAUACACUAAUUUUUUUCUGUGACAGGAAAAACGACGAAUCAAUACUGAGAAGAUAUUAAAAUCAGCAAAUUAUUGACUUGAAUUAUGAAGUUUUUAACAGGAAUGACACCUGCGUUGCAGGUAUCUUUUUUAAGGUAUCUUCAUCAUUCGUUUGAAGUAAACAAAUAGCUGUCAGUGUAUCACGAAUUGUGAAUUUAAUGAUUAUUUAGUAACCACGAAGUCGAAUGGGUGAUAGAAGGAGUUCUUUCUCGGAGACGGUGUUAUUGGCUUAUUUUGCGGAACUAUAGCACAACAGAGGUACACACUCUUUUCCCGUGGGAAGAAAGUAAUUUUUGAAAAGUGACAGUUAAUAACCUGUCAACAGAGAUGAAAUUUCAAACUAUUUUCCCGUCACAGAAAAAACAAAUUAUAUACCUAUAAGUAUUCUUUAUACAUAUUACAUUUCAUCCAUUCAUGUUGUUCUUGCUGAUGGUCAGGUUGUUGUUGUAUGUACAAGAUAAGUAGGUAGUGAAAAAAGGGGAGGAAUCGAUUUUUGAACAAGUGAGAUAUUUCAGCUUAUUAGAACUAAGUACCUUUAAGCCUCUUGCAAUGUACCUAGUUUUGACAUCGACGUAAAUAGUAGGCCUUGAAGAUAUAUUUUGUGAACUCUUGAUCAUCAUCAAGUACAAAACUCAUCUCCCAAUAUUUCAAUUUCUCAAAUUUUUAAAUUGCACAUUUGUUCGCCCGGUACAGUGUAUCAUGAAGUUGGCAUCAUUUGGGAAAACAAUUCAAUUAUUUAUUUUGAAAUUCGACUUGGGCGUUGAGUUUUGCUUUGAAAAAGAUGAAAAAUUGCCAACUUGGUCGGGGUCACGUGCUUCCGCUUCAUGUCAAAUGUUACAUUUUUUCAAAUUGAUUGCUAACUUUAUGAAAGACACUGUAUAUCCACAGACAAUAAGUACUUAUUUCGAAUAUGCCUACACUGCUAAAUCAACUUUUACCUAUUCAAUGAUUUCUUCCCUCAUAUACCUGCAGGGUGAGUUGGGAGGAACAAACCAAACUAAGAGAAUUCAUUUGUUUCAAAGUUGAACUUCAAAACAAAAUGCUUUCCUUUGUAAACACAUAACAAAUAAGUAAUUCGUUCGGCAUUUUGUUAUGUCUUCUACUUUGAAAAGAAAAAUGAUAAUCUUACAACAUUUGAGGAUUUAUACUAAAUGAUUUUUAGGUGUUUGAAAUACAAUCCAAAGUUUCAGGCAUUUCUCAUGACUCACCCUGUAUAUAUACUGUUGAUUCGUACUAGUCAAUUUUGUAUUUGCCAUUACAUCUAGAUAUCUUCCAAUUUGUAUUCAAUACAUAUUACCAGGAAUGUUAUUCUUAUGGAUAAUAUAAGUGGUACUCCUAUA